CGGAGAGACGGGAGAGAGAGUGACAGAGCUGCUCGGAGCUCUGAUCUGCUCCUCAUUUUCGGAGACCCAGAGAGGGAGCGAGUCCCCAGCGGGGAUCCAAUCAGAGUUUGAGUUUGACUUUAGUGGCUGGAUCUCCGGCUUUCAGCACCUUGGACAGAGACACGCCGCAGCUCAGCAGGAGGAGAGCUCGGAGCCCGGGCUUCCCACAGCCCCCUGUCCCCAUCGGGACGUGGCGUUCUGUUGUCAGCGCUCUCCAAUCCCUCGCAAUGGGCUUUAGAUUAUUCACUGAGUGAAAAAAAGCUGAGAAUGCCCUUGAAGACCAUCUGCGUCCAGCUUUUCAAAAUGAUUUCACAAGAAACUGUGUGAACAGUGCAAGAAUCUAAUUAAUCCUUUUUUAUGUUAAACCAAAGUUAAAAAGUGUUUUUUUUGCCUACAUAAAGUACUUUAGUGUGUCAUUUGCCAUGGGGAUAAAACACAUUCUCUUGCUGAUUAUAUAUCUGGACCCCCUCUGCGUCCUGAGUGCAGCCACGGCUGGUAAAAAGCCCAAACAGGUGCCUAGGAAGGCCCCCAAAGCCACAGUGGUCCCCACGGUCGUUCCUGAGAAGACCCCACAGCCAGCGCCCGCAAGAGACCACGACACCUGCCUUGGCUACUUUGACGUGAGUGGUCAGUAUGACAAGAUGUUCGAGUGCAACAACACGAACCACCGUUACUGCUGCGGGACUUGCUACCUGCGCUUCUGUUGCGAGUACAUGAAGGACCGACUGGAGCAAAAGCUCUGCAAGAAUGACAAGAAGCCACCGUGGGUGCAGACGGUUGCCCCAACGCCCAUCCCGACCAGCCAGUAUGGAGAUAUCAUGGAUCCGACGAACACAGCGGUCUACAUCACCUGCGGGGUCAUAGCCUUCAUCAUAGUCCUGGGGGUGUCGGUGAAAGUGGCUUAUGACAAAGCUACAGAGCCACCUCAGGAAAUGAACAUACACAGGGCCCUUGCAGAUAUUCUGAGGCAGCAGGGGCCGAUCCCUAUUUCCCAAUAUGACUGUGAGAAUUUUGCAGCGAUGAACGGCUCACCAAAAGAUAACACGCCAGUCAGAACCUCGUCCAAGAACCACUACACCCCUGUACAUGCCUCCAAAUCCAACCACGGUCUCCACUAUGGAAAAGAAAGCAUCCGGAGCAGUGGAGGCGGCGACCUACACAACUUCAUCUCGUCUGGCUUUGUGACGCUUGGUCGAGGCCAUCAGAAAGGGGAAAAACAUUGGCCGGUCCGCUCCCAGAGUCACCAUGGUACCCACCAACACAACUAUAACCAUGUGGCUCUAGGUAGCCCGACACGCACACCUAAGAAUGCUCACCGAUCAUUGAGGCGUGAGAACAAUCGGAUAAGCGGCAUCCUGACCUCGCAGACGGAGCCCUACGACCUGUCUUUCUCACGUUCCUUCCAGAGCCUGUCACAUCUGCCACCCUCCUACGAGGCGGCCGUCAAAGCCGACCUCAGCCGGUUCUCAUCCCUGAAGAAACUCACAGAUAAAGAAGUUGAUGACUACUACACCCGUAAGCGUCACCUGCCUGACCUGGCAGCAAGAGGAACUCUUCCUUUGCAUGUUCUCAAAAUAAGUCAAGAACAGCAUCGGGAACAACCACAGCAACAACUCCAAAGCCAACCACCACAGUCCAGUAUCUCCCAGGCCCCUCCUCAGUCGCAGUCUUCCCAGCAGCAAUCCCAACAAAGGCAGAGGCCUCGUCGUGUCCAGAGAGCCAUGUCCCAAGACCGUGUCUUGAUCCCACAAAGUGGUCCACACCAGGAAUACAACAUGUCCUCUGAGGGCAUGUCCCCUUAUGGUGGCCGAAUUCUCUCAGAUGAGCAGCUUCUGUCUGCUGAACGUCUUCGAUCCCAGGAGCGUCUUCUACCACAGGACCGUCACACCUCCCAAGAUCGCCUGUACUCCAAGGAUCGCAUGUACUCCAAGGACCGACUCCUGUCCCAAGAGCACUUGUAUUCCAAGGAUCGCCAUUACUCUCAAGAACGCCUCUACUCACAAGACCGCUUGUAUUCGCAAGACCGCCUCCUGUCUCAAGAUCCUCUCCUGUCACCAGACAAGUUGGUGAUGUCCUUGAAGCGUGGUAUGGUCACUAGCAUUUCUGGAGGCUUUCACGGUAGUGACAAGUCAAUUUCUCGUGCCAUCUCACACACUGAUGUGUUCACGCCAACUACUCCCCUUAUGGAUCGCUACAAGAUGACCAAAAUGCACUCGCAUCCAAGUGCAUCGAACAAUGGUGUCAGUGGCAGUGGUGGCAGCAGCGGGGCACAGGGAACUGGGGUAGCUGUACAUUCCAACACGUUAGCCAUGAAUCAGACAGCAAAUAAGAGACAGGUGUUUGCCUCUAGACGAACUCACACUGUGGAGCAGCUCCACUAUAUCCCACAGCACCACCAGCAGCAACAACAGCCACAGCACUACCGCACAGGCAGCAAGACUGAAGUGACUGUGUAACAGUAGCCCUAACCUGAACUGUGCUGGAAGAAUCAAUGCUGUACCAGGCCAUGGGUUUUUUUGCACAACUUGCCACCUUGUAGAGUAGAAAGUAGUGACUUAAUUUACCUUAACUGAAAAUUCCAGGACCAAGAUCAUCAACUAGCUUACUGUGAGACCGGAACAAAGAACUACACUGUACACUGCAUAAACAUGCCCAGCAAGAUUUGAAGCCAGAUAGGGUUGUGGAAGGGAUGAGGUUGGGUCUUGUCAAGUUAACCUGCCUAAUAUACCUUCCAGUUUCUGGAUAAUCCAAUUGUCCACAGCCUACAGCCUGCCUCUGUAUAUGUUUUAGUGGAAACACGUAUUGUGUCUAUUCAAGCCUUGAUCAGUCCCCUUUGUCCCACAAAUCUAUGACCUUUUCUGGCAAAUCUUAAAGGGCUUUGCAUGGUUAUAAACAAAAACUGAUUCCUCCGUGACUUUCGUUGUUUGACACAACACCAUCACAGGCAAUGAACAAGAGGGAGCCUGUAAUCUCUUUAUAAAUAUAUAAAUAAAUAACAUAAAUGAAUAAAAAGAAUAUUUUUAUGCCCCAUCUAACUCAUAGCCCUAGAGAACCUCAUGAAAGAAACUGAAAUGGAUGUUAUCUGCACUUGUAUUUGGUGCCUCUGACAGAUGUUCCAUUUCUGAAUACCAAGUGGUUUUGUGGGUUACUAAGCACAAUCAAUAGAAAAUAUUCAGUUUUGGUCUAUCUUUGACUUUGAAUAGUGAUGGCUAGCUUGUUUUGUUUUUAAAACAAUGGCAUUUUAUUUUUCCCUUCUUUUGCUUCCAGUAGGCAAUUGUAAAUAAGCUAUCCUUGAAGCAGUCUUAUGGACAAGUCUGUACUGGAUGAACUUUGUAUUAGACUGUCUGUUUUAAAUAGAUUCUUAAAAACUAUAACUCAUCACUGUUUAGUGAGUUUAAGAUAGAAACCCACUUAACAAAUAUCUGACAGGAUAAUUACUGUGUUUCUUUGCCAACUUGGUUGGACAAGAAGUGAAUGAAUGUGUUACUAACAAUAGAUAUACCACGUUCUUGUUUGGAUGUAGACUGUAUUCCAUUAAUAUAGGAAGACCGGAUUAUCUUGGUUAUGGAGUACAACAUUUGUCAAAGUAGGGUCAAAUAAAUCAUCCAUAUUUUUCUA